ACUUGCCGUUCAGCAGAAAAAAUCCUAGACAUUCUUGCCUUGCUUCCUAGGCACUCCCUAGACAUCGUCGCCACGCUUCCUGAACAUUGCAUUGCUCCCGUGCCUUUCUCCUUGGACAUCGUCAUCAUACGCGUUAUCAACUGCUCUAACUGACGGCGUCGCUCGACCUGCUCCGACAGCCUAAAUCAAUAGAACGUUCGUACUUUCCCUGCUUGAGAUCGUUUCACAGCCUUAUCGUUCAGCGUCCUGCAACAACGUUUCUGCUGUGAAAGAACACGUCAAAAGUCCAUCACACUAAUCGUUCAGAAGAUAAUCGAUCAGCGUCGAUAUGACGUCGGAAACGCCUUCGGAGCACGCUGGGGCUUCUCUUAAGCCAUCAGCUGGUGACGUGUCGGACGCGGAUUGGGUGAUCAAUCUCUGGUCAGGACCGCGGUCUCUCAGCACCAGCCUGAUGUACUCCUUCGCUCAGCGUCCAGACACAGAGGUGGUGGACGAACCCCUGUAUGCUGAUUUUCUGACUGUCACGGGUGCACCCCGGCCGUACAGGCAGCUGGUGCUGGAUAGCAUGGACUCAAACGGCAAGCGGGUGGUGGAUCAAGUUGUGUACAGCCCUACGAAAUCUAAACCUCUCCGUUUUGUGAAGCACAUGGCGAAGCAGUGCCGGGAAGAGCUCCAGGCUUCGCUAUUGUCACGCGGCCGGCAUGUCAUUCUCGUCCGCGAUCCCAUGCUGCUCAUUCCAUCUUUCGGUGAGGUUUCCCCCCCAUCGCUAUCGGAGACAUCUCUCCCCCACCUCCUCUCCAUCUUCUCCUCGCUCUCUCAAAUGGGCCGACCCCCGCCUGUGGUCGACGCCACACGGCUGCAAUCAGACCCGGAGGGCGUCCUCAAGGCACUCUGCCAAGCGCUGGACAUCUCUUUUUACCCAGAAAUGCUCUCCUGGUCUUCAGGGAAAAGACCAGAGGACGGGGUGUGGGCUCCAUGGUGGUAUACCACCACACAUGCUUCCACUGGCUUCGCCCCUCCUGCUCUCUACCCCAAGCCUUUCCCCAUGGAGCACUAUUCUUUACUAGAGGAGUGCCAGCCUUUCUUCUCCUUGCUCCACUCCAAAGCCCUCGCACCACUCACCACCACCAAUGCCACCAACGACACCACCAGCAAUAGCAGCAGCAGCAAUACCACCACUUCCACCUCCCCCUCCCCCUCCCUCUCCACCUUGCCUCUGCCCUCGCCCCCUCUCCCCGUGCCUGCCAACGAGAAGCUCUUGGUGUGGGUGGGGGAGGAGGGACUGGUACCAAGACGAGACGCCAAGAUCCAUGUGUUGGAUUCCGCAGUGCAAGGAGGGGAUGCAGUGUGGGAGGGACUCAGAGUGUACGAUGGUCGAGUGUUCAAACUACAGGACCACCUGGACCGCCUGUUUGACUCUGCCAAGGCCAUGGCGUUUGCAAAUGUACCCCCAAGGGAGCAUGUGGCGCAUGCGCUGGUGUCAACUCUAGCAGCCAAUGGCAUGAGGGACAACGCCCAUGUUCGACUCACACUCACAAGAGGGAAGAAGGUCACAUCAGGGAUGAGUCCUCACUUCAAUCUAUAUGGCUGCACUCUCAUUGUCCUGGCGGAAUGGAAACCCCCUGUCUAUGACAACGCACGGGGAAUCAAGCUCGUGACUGCGUCAACUCGGCGAAACUCACCACAAUGUGUGGAUUCGCACAUUCAUCACAACAACCUCAUUAACAACAUCCUCGCUAAGAUUGAGGGGAACAACGCAGGAGCAGAUGAUGCAGUGAUGCUGGAUGUGCAUGGAUACGUCAGCGAAACCAACGCGACCAACAUUUUCAUGGUGAAAAGGGGACUCAUCCUUACUCCUCAUGCGGACAGCUGCCUGCCAGGCAUCACCCGAUCCACGGUGAUAGAGCUGGCGAAGCAGGAGGGCAUCCCCAUCCAGGAGUGCAACAUCACCACAGCACAGCUGCAUGCUGCCGAUGAGAUCUUCACUACGGGCACGAUGGGGGAGCUGACACCUUGUGUGCUUUUGGACAACCGGCCAAUCGGGAACAAUGUAAAUAUUAGUGAUUGCGAAGCGAAUAGUGAGGGUAGUGCUGGGCCUAUCACACAGAGGCUUCAAGAGGCGUACAAAAAGCUCACAUCGAUGGAAGGCUGGCCAUUGCCAUUUUAACCGGAAAGGGCAAGACAAAUGCUUUGGCGCUAUACCCAAAUUAAUGCAAAAGCAUCUCAUAUUGAGAUGUGAUUCUAUGAGUUCAACACGUGAUAUCACUUUUAACCUGUAUAUUUCGUGAGGUGUAUUUGAUCGAGC